UUGUCUUGUCCAAUUGCUGCUAUCAUUGCCAUAAAACGGAGUUUCCCUUGCAAUUCCUUGUAGUAUCAUUUCAUCACUACCGAUUCAUAUUCUACUAUCGCUUCGCACUCAUAAUCUUUCACGUGUCUUCACUUCUUUAAUUCAUAUCUACUAUAAAAACAGCAAAACAUGGUUCACCCUCAUUCAAGAUCGCAUACGUCUAUCCCCACCAGAAGAUCGUCCUUCUUCAACACACCUAUCGUGCCUCCACAGCCUGACGUAUACUAUGUCGGUGUAGAUGUAGGAACAGGCUCGGCCCGUGCUUGUAUCAUCGAUACCAACGGGAUUAUCCUUGGAUUGGCCGAAAGACCAAUCACUAGACACGAGCUCAAGCCCAACCACAUCACCCAGAACUCGACAGAGAUCUGGAACGCCAUAUGUUUCUGUGUCAAAGCAUGUUUGCGUGACUCGGGUGUAGACCCGGCUGAAGUCUUCGGUAUCGGUUUCGAUGCCACCUGUUCGCUUGUAGUCAUCUCCGAAUCUGGCGACGAACCUGUAGGUGUUGGCCCAAAUUUCUGGGACAACAAGGAAAACAUCAUCUUAUGGAUGGACCACCGUGCAGAAGAAGCCACGAAUGAGAUCAAUGCCACUGGUGAUAAGUGCUUGAAGUACGUAGGGGGCCAGAUGUCCAUCGAGAUGGAGUUGCCCAAAAUCAAAUGGUUGAAGCACAAUUUGCCUGGAGGCAUUAGCGAUUGCAAGUUCUACGACUUACCCGACUACCUUAUCCACAAGGCUACUGGUUCUGAGGCUAGAAGUUUCUGUUCCGCUGUAUGUAAACAAGGAUUUGUGCCUCCAGGAGUUGAAGGCUCAGAAACAGGCUGGUCCAAAGACUUUUUGCUUUCUGUCGACUUACCUGAAUUGGUAGAAGACGAUUUCAGACGCUUAGGAGGUACUCCGGGCAAAAACGGCAACUUCUUGAGUGCUGGUGACAUUGUAGGAAAAUUGACUGCCCAUGCUGCUGAAGAAUUGGGCUUGACUACCGAAUGUAUAGUAGGUUCACCAGUUAUCGAUGCCUACGCAGGCUGGGUCGGUACGGUAGCUGGUAAGGCAGAUGUUCCCCAUUUACAAGAUAAUGCAGACGGGUCUAUCGACUUGACCUGUGGUCGUUUGGCUGCUGUAGCUGGAACUUCUACUUGCCACAUCGCCAUGACCAAAGAGCCAUGUUUCGUCAAGGGUGUCUGGGGACCUUACAAGGAUGUUAUGGCUCCUGGUUUCUGGUUGGCUGAAGGUGGACAGUCGAUGACAGGAGCCUUAUUGGCCCAUGUGUUGUCGAUUCAUCCUGCUAGUCAGGAAUUGAUUCGUCUGGCUGAAGCUUCCAACUUGUCAAAGUUCGAUUUCUUGAAUUUAACUCUUGAAAACUUGGUUCAGGAAACGGGAUCUCGUUCUGUUGUGUCUUUGGCAAAACAUAUGUUUUUCUACGGUGAUUUCCACGGCAAUAGAUCUCCCAUUGCUGAUCCUCGUAUGAGAGCUUCUAUUAUUGGGCAGUCAAUGGACAGCUCCGUCAACGACUUGGCCAUCCAGUACUUUGCUGCAUGUGAAUUCAUUGCCCAACAGACUAGACAAAUCGUUGAAGAAAUGCAGAACUCGGGACACGAUAUCUCCUGUAUCUACAUGAGUGGUGGUCAAUGUAGAAACGGACUUUUGAUGAGAUUGUUGGCUGACUGUACCGGUUUGCCAAUCAUCAUUCCCAGAUACAUUGAUGCUGCUGUUGUGUUUGGAGCUGCAUUAUUGGGAGCUGUUGCAGCUGAAGAUUCGGUUAACGAACAUAUCAACUCCAAGGGCAGAUCCAGAAGAAACUCGGUUUUGCAAUCGCAGAAAUCGCAAGUCAGCUUGAGCCACGACAGCGGAGCUCAUUCUCCAUACACUGCACCUUCUGCCACCGCUUCUACUACCAACAUGUCAACUUUGGUAUACGCAAGCGCAAACGCAGGAAGUCACCACCAGUUCCCAGUGAUGACUCCAAUGGAAGAAGAACAAGUAGAUUACUUCAACCAGUCUACACAGCAACAGAUUGACGAAAGAGAAAAGGCAAAGAACCAAUCGUUCACCUCCGAUGACGAUUCGGAAGACGAACAGACUCUUUCGUUUGGGUCCAAGCAAGCAGUGCAACAAGGCUUAUCAAGCAAGUUCCUGAAGUUGGGACUCAAGCCUUUGACUUCUCUCAAGAAAACUACCAGCAAUAGCAGCAAUCCUUCCUCGGGAAUUGCUGUACCUGGCGACAAGUUAUGGAAGGUGAUGGACAAGAUGACCGGCCCCGGUAAGGUUAUCUUCCCAGCAGCUGAUUCUGACCCAGAUAGAUCGUUGUUGAACGCAAAGUACAAAAUCUUCUUGGAACAAUGUUUCAAGCAACAGGAAUACAGAGACAUCGUUGACGAAGUCGAGGCCAAAAACUCAAAAAUUAACUAGACUUAUGACUUUAUAAUACACAUUUUAGGAAU